AUGAGUGUAUACUACAUUGAGCAGCAAAUUAUGGUGUUGAAGGUGCAUAUGAGGUGUGGCAAAUGCAGGACCAAAGCACUCAAGAUUGCAGCUGAAACAUACGGAGUUACAUCCAUUAGGUUGGAGGGCGAAGAUCAAGAGAAGCUGUUCGUUGAGGGACAUCAAGUGGAAGUAGACAAGCUCGUCCAAGUUCUGAAGAAGAAAGUAGGCUACACUCAGAUCCUCUAUGUUUCUAGUCUCUAG